CUCAGUAUGCUCGACGUCCAUCUUGAUUCGGGUUUCCUUUCUUAUCUAUAUUUGCUUUUGUGAUACCUAUAAUCCACGUAUUAUAGUGUGUGAUUGGAGAAAUAUAUGAAGUUGUAAAUGUGUGUGUAUAUAUAUGUAUGUAUUUAAGGUAGCCCUAUUCUACACGUAGUGUACGUGAUAUCAGUUACACUGGAAAGAGACAUACACUUCAGACUUUACUUAGAAAUAAGAAAAUUGUUUGAGAGAGUGUGAGAAAGAGAAAGAGAGAAAAAGAAUCUUCUUUAAGAGCAACAGGUAAAAAGUAUGUUGAAGAGGAUGAAAGAAUAUUCUGUAUGGUUAUUGUUCAUGGUAUGUAUGAAUUUUUUUGAUAAAUUCGGCCACGUAACCGGCUCACAGGUCUCAUACAUUCGAGGUAUACCGGUUUCAAAAAAUACACUUUAUGCACCCGAUCGUGAUUUUGAAUGCCUCGAUGGUAGCUUAUUGAUACCAUUUCAUUAUGUCAACGAUGAUUAUUGCGAUUGCGGGGACGGUAGCGAUGAACCUGGAACCUCAGCUUGCCAAAAUGGUUCUUUCUAUUGUAAAAAUUUUGGUCACAAGCCUAUUUACAUACCCUCUACAUGGGUGAAUGACAAUAUUUGUGAUUGUUGUGAUGGUAGCGAUGAGUAUACUUCUACUAAACAAUGUGUUAACAAUUGUCAUGACCUUGGUAGAGAAGCUAGAUUAGAAGCACAAAAAGCUGAGGAAUUGCAAAAGGAAGGCAACAAGAUACGCUUGGAAAUGGUUGCCAAAGGUAAACAGAUCAAGAGCGAUACCCAGACUCAUUUCAUGAAAUUAUGGGUCGAUUAUGAAGAAGCUACGAAAAUUAAAAAAGAAAAGGAGAUUUUGAAAACUCAAGCUGAGGAAAGAGAAAGCGUCGCUUUGAUGAAAUACAAAGUGGAUAAGCCCGAACAAGUUGCACCCAAAGAAACAACGGAGGAAGAAGAAAUAAGACAAUCGGAAGCUGAAGAUUACUUCAAGAUAUUAGAUUCCGAUGGUAGUAAUACAGUUACGAUAGCAGAGUUACAAACUAGAGCUACCUUCGAUAAAGAUCGUGACGGAGCUGUAUCCCAAGAGGAAGCUAUGUUCUUUUUGAAUAAUCAGAAAGAGGUAUCGUUGCAAGAAUUUAUAGAAACAGCUUGGGGUAAUAUCAAACCAUUUGUCAUGCUAGAACAAGGCAUAUUUAAACAUCCAGAACGCAAAAUAGAAGAAAAAGAAGAAGAAGAAGAGGAAGAAGAAACUCGAGAAAAAUUGGAAGAAGGACAUGCCAAAGAGGAGCACGAUAAUAUAGAAGAGGAAGAAGAUAUCGUGGAUGAGCAUGAAAAAGAAGUUGAAGAACAAGAACCUGAUGAGCAAGAACCUGAAGUUCAGUACGAUGAAGAAACUCAAGUACUCAUAGACGAAGCAACAAGUGCACGCGAACGAUACCAAGAAGCUGAGAAAGCAGUAAAUGAUCUCAAUUCGGAAAUAAAACGAUUGGAGGAGAAAUUGGAACGUGAUUAUGGAAAAGAGGACGAAUUCGUAACGUUAGAUGGAGAGUGUUUUGAUUAUUCCGACUUAGAAUACACGUAUUCUCUUUGUCUAUUUGGAAAAGCAUCACAAAGAUCAAAAUCUGGUGGAAGUGAUGUUAGUUUAGGAUAUUGGAGCGAAUGGAUAGGAGGACAAGGUAACAAAUAUUCAAAAAUAAGAUAUGACAAAGGUCUUACGUGCUGGAACGGUCCAGCUCGUACAACUAUUGUUAAUUUAAGUUGUGGCAAAGAAAACAAACUUAUUUCUGUAACAGAACCAAGCCGUUGCGAAUACGCAAUGGAAUUUGUCACGCCUGCGCUUUGCAAUCCAAGUACAGAAAAACAAGAUACUCACGAUGAAUUGUAAAUUCUUUUUCUUUUGUUUUUUUUUUUCUGAAAGUGUGUUCAAUGGUGCACAUACCCAGUAUAUUCAAAGCACAUAAUUUGUGAGUCUUGAAAAUGAAGGACAUGAUUGCGAGAAGAGUUAAUUACGUCUUUUUUAAUAUCUACUUUUUGUUUCUUCUUUAAUAUAGUAUUUGCAAGCAUUAGACUCUACACAAAAAGCAAACAAGUUAAAUCAAUUAAAGAAGAACAUGUUAUACAGAGCAAUGGAUUAGAAUUUUAGAAAUAUUUAAUUCCUAUUAUUAUAGUAACGAUGUACACUGGCAUUUUCCAGCAGUCGUUGUUUCUUUAGUUAAUUUAUAUUGUAAGUCAUAACGAAAUGGUGAUAAGCACAACAUAUUUUCUUUACUGUCAGGGAAAGAUGCAUAUAACAAUUAAUAUAAAGCCUUCUCAGUGAGAAGAAUUUUGUUAAUGCAUUCAUGAAAACUCUAAGUUGGAUAACAAGUAUGAUUGAGGCAUGUUUCUUGCAAUUAUUCGUCCUUGUAUCGGUGAUUUUUCCACAGUGUUGGUUUGGCAUCAAAUAAUAAUAAUAAUAUUAAUAAUAUUAAUGAUAAUAAUGAUAUAAAAAAACAGGACUUUUAUCGAUUUGCAACAUUUAAGAUUUACAUGCGAUUGUAUAUAUAUAUAAUGGAGCAUAUAUUAUAUAUACGACAGAUUCAACUUAUUCGUAAAGCGUGAAUUGUUGUGCUAAAAGAUAUUCUAUAUCACUAAACAAGCAAAAAAGAAACUGUUGUUAUACAUAUGAUCAUUGCCAAUAUUAUACAAAUGUUACAUUCCUCUUUUAUACGUUAAAGAUUUCUACGAAAAAAACGACCGGUAUAAUAAAAUAAGAUAUAAUAAUCAUAUUGUUUAUAGAAUUGUACUAAUAAGGGAUGUUUUUUUAAUAUUUUAAUUCGCGGAAAAAAUUGAUAUAAACUCAAAGAUAUAUAAAAUAUGUUUCUAAUAAUUUUUCUCUUUUUUGUUGUUGGUUUUUACAUACCAAAUUCCAUUAUCAUGCAUACGUAGAAAUUUUCUGACGAGAUCGAAGAGUAUACAAACGAAGUAUUUUGUAAUUUUUUAAGUGUGCAUCCCUAUGGUGCAUCAGUAAGCAGGUUCAAUAAAGAGAAGAGAAAAACUUUGUUGUCAAACUAUA